AGCCCAAUCAGCGGCGGGGAGGUGGCCAGCGGUGCCGCAGGUGCUCUGCCCGACGGAGGACAGCGGCCGGCGGGCGGGGGGAAGAUGGCGUCGGGCGCCCGGCAGUGGUGGAGGCUAUCGGUGCUGGUGCCGCACCCGCCGGCCGGGAGCCGCCUCCUCUUGCUGCUGCUCCUCCUCCUCCUCCUCUGCGGCCAGCUCGGGGGAGGACAGAAAAAGAAGGAGAAUCUUCUGGCUGAGAAGGUAGAACAGCUGAUGGAGUGGAGCUCAAGGCGCUCGGUCAUCCGCAUGAAUGGAGACAAAUUCCGAAGAUUUGUGAAGGCUCCACCUCGUAACUACUCUGUGAUAGUGAUGUUCACUGCUCUGCAGCCACAGCGGCAAUGCUCUGUUUGCAGGCAAGCUAACGAAGAAUAUCAAGUGCUGGCUAAUUCAUGGCGCUAUUCAUCUGCUUUUUCAAACAAGCUGUUUUUCACAAUAGUGGAUUAUGAUGAAGGGGCAGAUGUCUUUCAACAGCUGAAUAUGAACUCUGCUCCGACUUUCAUGCAUUUUCCUCCAAAAGGUAAGCCCAAGAGAGCUGACACAUUUGACCUGCAGAGAAUCGGAUUUGCAGCUGAACAGCUAGCUAAAUGGAUAGCUGACAGAACAGAUGUUCAUAUUAGAGUGUUCAGGCCUCCUAACUAUUCUGGUACAAUCGCACUUGCUCUUCUGGUAUCUCUUGUUGGUGGCUUGUUAUAUCUGAGAAGAAAUAAUUUAGAAUUCAUCUACAACAAAACUGGCUGGGCCAUGGCAGCUCUGUGUGUUGUAUUUGCUAUGACAUCUGGUCAGAUGUGGAAUCACAUCCGUGGACCCCCAUAUGCUCAUAAAAAUCCUCAGAACGGACAAGUGAGUUACAUACAUGGAAGCAGUCAGGCUCAGUUUGUUGCAGAAUCUCAUAUUAUUCUUCUGCUGAAUGCUGCUAUCACCAUGGGAAUGGUACUCCUGAAUGAAGCUGCUACCUCCAAAGGGGAUGUUGGAAAGAGGAGAAUAAUAUGCCUGGUAGGCCUGGGUCUGGUGGUCUUUUUCUUCAGCUUCCUUUUGUCGAUAUUCCGUUCCAAAUACCAUGGCUACCCAUAUAGAUCUUUUCCAACAGAUGUUGUCCAACUUGUCAUAGAUUUUUCAGAAACCCUGCCUCCUCCCCUUCUUUUUUGGCGACUCCCUGUAUCAUGAUUUUUAUGAUGUUUUGGCUUUUUGUCAUUUUCCACCUUUGGCUUUUUCCUUCUUUGAGCAUCUCUUUGGCUUGUUUUAUAAUUUCUACAUUACUUUCGGUGUUUACCGUACGCAUGUUCUAUAUUAUGUCUCUUAGCUGCUAAAGAUGCUGUUCAGUUACAAACAGAAAGUAAGGAACAGUAGAUACGAUAAUGGUGUAUUUAUUCAAAAUGAUGCUGCUAUAUUUAUAUAUUCCUACAGUUAUAUCUUUCAGUCUUUCAGCCCUAUCAACACAACCUGCAUGAUUACUGUAAUCUUCACCCUUCCCACUCUUCACCUCCAAAAUUUUUCACUGACUGUAUUCCUCUCUUUUCUUCUCUCCUCUCCUCUCAAUUCCGUCUUUCCUAUACAUGGCCUUACAUGUGUAUCCUAGACCUAGGUUACCUUUCUAGUAUCCUGUGCUCAGCAUUCUCUUACUUCUCUGUUAGCACCUUACAAUUCACCUCGUCACACAGUUGUUCUUGCUAGCUUUUCCCUUUCAGUAAUCACCCUCCAGCACCCAGCCAGUUGCCACCUGUUUUGCCUUGGCUUGUAUGUCUUGCCUAAUAAGCGUGUCAACUUUUUGCAGCAGGGAACAUCUUUAUACUGGUACUGUCUUUUAAGCUUAUGGCAAUUGUGUGGCUGUUUUGUAAUGAGUAAUUAUGCCAUUAAUGGAAAACUGAUGAAGUUAAUACAGUGUGUACGCUAGAGCACACUGCAUUUCUAUAAAGGAGUGGAAAGAUCUUUUAUGCAAAGCUAGAGGCAGUGAAGCUGUAGAAAUCCUUCCAUUCAGUAGCUCAUUGUUUUUAUGUUUGUACUGUUAACUGAGUCUGUGAUUGUGUCUUUGUGUUCCCAUUAACCUAUUUGUAAGAUAACUCUUCUUUGGUAAAGUCCUUGGAAAUCCCCAAAUGAAAGGUAUGACAAGCAAUGUGUAUGUGUUUUUUUGUAAAUACAAAGCUGUGUUCUGAGGUAAAGAAGCAACGAUGUCAUCUGAAACUUCUUAAUUUAUUAAAACAUUAAAAAUGUGAGAAUCUGCAGCCUUACAGAGCCUUGCUAAGUCCUCUAUACCCUCCUUGCUCAGGGGCCACUUCAACGGUAAAGAAUGCUUAAAAUAAAUCUGAAACAUCUUCUGGGAGAGGUAGUUCUCCCUUUAAGUAGUAAGAGCAGAUGCAGAGCUUGAUUGAAGAGAACAGAUGUUUGAAGUGCAUUUUGCUUU